AUGGUUCGUAUGGCGGAAAGGUUGGCCGAGAAUUUUAUUCCAGAUAAAGAACGAACCGAAAGCGAACAAUUAUAUCAGAAGUACAGGUGAGAUUAAUCAGACUGUGUCUAAUGAAUCUUCAAUGAUCAUUUCUAGAUAUCGAAAAAACAGAUUGAAUUCUCGAGGUUCAAUAGGAUCACUUGGCCGAAGAGUAACACUAGUUGAAACAGAUAGUGGAUUAAUUGAAAUCCAGGAUGAUAAAGAAUUUCUCGACGCAUUCAAAGAUGCAAAUAUGGAUGCAGUUCAUCAUUUGAGUGCACCAAAUCCAAUUACACGAGCACUUUGGUGUGCAAUUAUUAUCAUUUUUGUUGUUCUUGUAUUAAUUCAAUGUUCCUAUCAAAUAAGUCUAUAUUUGAGCGAACCAGUAGCUACAAAUAUUGAAGCAGAAUAUCCGAAAAAGAUUGCCUUUCCUACUGUAGCAGUUUGUAAUAACAAUCAAUUCAGGUAAUUUUUGCGAAAUAUUUUUUUUGAUAAUAUAUAAAAUUGAUUUUAGGCUAACAUAUUUGACGGGUGGAAUUCUGAAUCGAAAAACACCGUACGUAGAUUUAAAAUCGGAUCUAAACAAAGAUAAACAUAGAAAUGAUACAAUAUUUGACGACGUUCUUCGAAAAGUCUACGAUAUGGAUGCAGUUAAAUUCCUUCGACUCGCAUCUCAUUGGAAAUCUCGAAUGGUACUCGGAUGCACUUGGCCAAACGGGACAUCGUGUAAUGAAAAAGACUUCAAGGCAGUUUGGACAACAACAGGAUUAUGUUGGGCAAUCAACACAGAUCCACAAAAUCCAGUGGAAGUUUAUGGAAGUGGCCCAAAUCAUGGUUUGAAACUUCUGUUAAAUGUUGAAAGUUAUGAACGGGUUGAUGCUUGUAACGACCACUUUCGAACUGAUAGUUUACCAGGUAUGAAAAUUAUGAUCUACAAUCAAACAGAUGUUCCGGAAAGCAGUCAGACUGGUGUUAAUGUUCCACCUGGUUAUUCAAUGGACAUACCAUUCAAAAUGCAUCAUGUAAGUGACUUUGAAAUACUUGAUUUGAAGAAAAAAUAAGUUUUCAGAGAAAAAAGUUAGCUGGAAGUCAGUGCAUUGAAGAAAAUGAAUUUCACAAAGAAGCAAGUACAAAUUUCAAUGACCCAUUAAAUAUUCGAACUUGCUCAUUGCGAUAUUAUAUGGAAAAAGUUGAAAAUGAAUGUGGAUGUUCGAUGAGAAGACAAUUCACCGAUGCUGAUAAUGAAUACAAAAAAUCUGGUGAUUUUUUAUAAAAUGAAAUUAAAAUUAUUUUUUCUUAAAUUCAAUUUCAGACUAUAAUAUCGAGGCUUGCAAUGUCGAUCAAUAUUUCUCCUGCGCUCAAAAAGUUAUCAAAGAACUUGGAAACAAGGGAACAUCUAAUAAAUGUCUACCACCUUGUAAAUCUAUCGAUUAUACAGCGUGGCAAGAUAUGAUGUUACUUCCAUUAAAUAUUAUGCCAAAUCAAGAAGAUAUUGCGAUUGAACAAACUGUGAAUGAAUAUGAAAAUGAGCAAGAAACUGAAGAAGAAUUUGAAUUACGGAAUAAGGUGAGAAAAAGGUUUUUUUGAAAGAAAAAUAUUACGAAUGAGAAAUUCUUUAAAGAACGAGAGCGUUGUCAAAGAGGAGGAUAUAAACUUAUGCGAACCUUAUGAAAUAUUGGAUAAGGGAAAAGCUGAAAAAAUAAAACGACUAGCUUAUCUUGCCUAUGAAGCACAAUCUAGACAUCAACAUGAUAUAUUUUAUCGGACCAAGAAACAAAUUGAUUAUAUUAAUUCAUUGGUGAGCAAAAUCAAAGAGCAUAAAUGGGGUUGGAAACCGGAAGAUUUUAAUGGAAUUCCGCAGAGAUUAGCGCAUUUGGAAUGUUAUGCUAACUUUACGUGAGUUUACAGGAGGGUGUUUCAAAGGAAAAUCUCAAUUUCAGCGACCGAUAUGAAGAUAUCAGUCAAAUUUUAUCUUUGCGUGAUAGCAGUGAGGAAAAAAGAGCGAAGCAAAUAUCCUAUGUGAGUUCUGUCCCACUUUUUUCUUCAAAAAAAAAAAUAAAAAUUGAAUUCAGUUGGUCGAUGAAUCAAACUACAAAAGUUAUUCAUUCAAAUCAAUCGGUGAUUUAAAAUCAAGAUAUGGAAGUGAUCGAAUUGAUGAAAUACAAGAAGAAGUUUCAGCGAUCACAAAAGUCACCGAUGCUUUGUGGAAUAUAUUUAACACUGAAGAAUAUAUCGAUACAAUAACUAAAGAUUUUUGGAGAAUGGAUAAAAUUAUCGAACUUAUGAAUCAAUAUGAUCAGAAGAAGCUUGACCGUAAAAAUUGGGCUGAGAAAAUGCAAUCCGCUAAAAUGCGAUUCUUUUAUGAAGAUGAAUUUCACAAUAAUUUCUAUACACCAAUCACAAAAGAUUUUCAAACAAUGAAUAAGAAUAUAAUUGAUGUGAUGGAACUUUGGGAAGAAAUUGAGAUGUUUAUCAAAAGAGGAACUGCUGGAAAAACUGGAGCAAUUACAAUAUUUGGAGAUGAAAAAAGAGAAAAUCAAAUACGUUUUGAGAAAAUGAUCAUUGAAAUGUAUGAAUGUGUUAAAAAUAAUGUAUCACUUGAAAUUAAAAAACACGAAGCAAGAUUGAGAUCGCAAUAUGGACAAUUGAAACUCGCUUACAAAGGACUUUUUGAAAAUGAUCUCAAUGGAUAUAUUAAAAACUUUGACUUCGGUUCGAAAUUUGUCAAUGAAAACUUUGCAAUGGUCAAUAUUUUCCUACAUAAAAUGCAUCUUGAAACAUGGAGUCAAGAUAGAACUUAUGGUUUUUGGAGUUUGGCUUGUGAUAUUGGAGGAGCACUUGGAUUAUUCUUGGGAACAUCUCUUUUGACGAUCAUUGAAAUUGUUUAUUUAUGCAUUCAAUAUGGAAUUUGUGGAAAACGAGCAAAAAAUCUACAAUGUAUUCCACUGUGAGCUCAAAAUUUGGUUUUUUUCACAUUUCUAAUCAAACAUUUUUCUACAGAGAAACUUUCAAAGACAAACUUCACGACAUUGUAGUUUGUGAUUGUUGUCGAAAACAAAUAUCGACAAAACCAAGAUUAUAUCAAAAACGAAGUCAAAGUUAUCAGCGACGAUAUACAACUUCAGAUCAAAAUAUCGAUGAAAAUGAGAAAUAUCGAUCAAGAACUGUUAGUGGAGAUUCGAAGAAGAAGAAUAUCUGGAGAGAAUCUCCAAGAGAUUCGAUGAGCCAAUCAGAGGUUCGUAAAUAUUGUUUUUUUUUAAAUUUUCCCCGAAUCCCAAAAAAUUACAGCUCACCUAUUUUUUGGACCAAGUGCAGAGAAGUUCGAAUCCUCCGAAAUAUGAAGAAGGUUAG